AUGCCACGAGCAUCUAAUCGUAAAGUAGUUGCGCGCCGACGACGAGAGAGAUUACGAAAGUCUGUUUCCAAUCAUACGAUGAAAGCAACUGUGUCAUUAUUAUCGAAAACCUAUGGACUUUUGCCAUGCUUUUGUGAGCAUGAUCCUGUGAAAUAUAGAAUGAUGAUUCUAUCGAAUUCAUCGAAUGCAUUAUGGUAUCGAACCAAACGCGCGAAAGCGACAUUGACGAGUCAAAAACAGCAGAAAAAUAAUUCAACCGUGGUGGAAACCCAGCACAUGAGUAAAUUUCAAACAUUUAGAAAAUCUCUUGUUCAACGACUUAAAUCUAAGAAGAAGAAACGAAAAUUACCAACAAUUACAGCUCGAUCGGUUAUUCGCAAUCGAUCUCGUUCUAUUGCAAUCAAACAUCAAAGUUCCCCAACGCCAUGUAAUAGCGAACAAUCUUCACUCUCACCAGGUGCUUCAUAUAACCAAACAAACGAUGCAUUAGAGCCACCAUUAUCAUCACUCCAAAUCGACCAGCAGAAUGUCAAUGCGACUGAUCAUACAAGUCAAAAGGAAUUUCAGACGAUUGUGACGAAAUCGAAUUCGACAGGUACGCGCAAACUACGAUCCCCUAUUCAUUACCUUUUUCCUACAGUUAAUCCUAAGAGAAAACAAUCGAACCACUCGCUUCAAAGACGAAAGUCAACCAAACGAAAAACAGCACCAGCGAAACCAACUAAGAAACGAAUGGUACACAAUCAAAGUCCUUUUCCCGAUCCAAACAUCUUCCGUUCCCUACCACAAAUGCACGAUUCAGAAGAAAUAACCCAAACUAACAUUCAUGACAAUCAUCUCUGUUGCAAACCGAUUACUUCAGUUAUGGGUUUAUCAACAUCCGAUCAAAAGAAAUUAAUCGAACAUGAUUACUUAACAUUAAUAUCACUAUUGCCUUUGUACCUUGCUUCACAAGCUCAUUUUCCAAAGAAAAUUCAAGAGAAAACGCAGAUUAGCUCCGAUAGUGCGCAUGAACUUGACCGUCUAAUGAAUGAAUGGAGUUCGGCACGGUUAUUUAUUGGUGCGACAAGUCCAACGAAAACAUUGAUACAAACGAUUUGA